ACUUCCGGGAAUCAUAUGAGCGACACAAACAAAGUAGUUAUUCUGUGAUGGAGCAGGAGGAAGAUCCGGAGCGAGCCAGGUUAACAAGUACAUCUGUUCUGCCUCAGCAUCAGAAGACCUCACUGACCAACUCCCAGGGGUCAGCUGGGGUCAUCCAUCGCCUGGAGAGCAACACAGCAUCGGUAAAACUUACUGGCAGUAUCUUAACUGGACUGUCAGACUCGGAGGAAGAGUUCACAUCAUCAGGGGGUGAAUAUGAAGAGCACGAACUUGGAGAGGAGUUAAGGACUGAGUCUCAGAGAAGACAAAACAGUGGCUUGCCUGAAGAAACGAGUCGUGUCAAUUCUAGUAUAUUGUGUUCUGAUGAGAAUGUAUGUGGAAGUAUGAACUCUGGUGAUGAUAGAGAGAAUUCCCGUUCCUCAAGUCAGUCGGAGGAGGAACUGAGGAAAGACUACGAGAAAAACCGCUUUAAUCCAUUUGAUAAUGACAUUCACAUGGAAGAGGAUUAUUUUAAUACGUCUACCAUCCCUGACUCAAAUCGACAACAGAGAAAACAAUCAGAAACCAGUUCAUCAUGGACCAAUCUCUCUGACGAUAACACAGCUGAUGUCACAUAUGCAGACUUGGGCUUGGCUGAGGACCACUUCUCACACCCAGAGGGACAUUUUGGCCUGAGCAGUACAGAGGAGAUGGAGAUGGCUAUAGAAAACUGUAAAGACAUGAUACUACAGGUACCUCAGGACUCGGAUAAACAGAAAAACCUGGUACAAAAGCUGGUACAGCUCCGACUGAAGCUGCAGGAAAUCAAGGAGGGCCCAUUACCAGUGGAAGAUGAUGUAAAACUAGCAGUGGGACAUCAAUUUAAGUGUCAGACGAGCAGCAGUACCAAACACUACUGUGAGAAGUGUAACACCAUGAUACUGGGGGUUAUACAGACCUGGUAUAAGUGUACAGAAUGUGGUUACUGUUCUCAUGAAAAGUGCUUGAACACAAUAACACGGACAUGUGCAAGUCUCAAAGUACUGGAAAAUCCUACCUACACCAAUGACAUAUGCCCUACACGGGGCCUAUCCUUCCAGAAUUACAGAUGUGCCGAGUGCAGGGCCCCAAUAUCAUUUAAGCCUGGAUUCAGUGAACCACGACUGUGUGACUACUCUGGUAACUAUUACUGUGAAAUGUGUCACUGGAAUGAUACCAUGGUCAUACCUGCUCGUGUCCUCCACAACUGGGAUUUUGAACCAAGAAAGGUGUGUAGAGCAUCCAAGCAGUACCUGAAGUUGAUGAUGACGAAGGCUGCCAUGCAAAUACAAGAUGUCAAUCCCAUGCUGUUCAGCUUCGUCGAUGAAAUUAAUGAAAUAAAGAAACUCAGAGAGGAGAUUCUGAUCAUGAAGAAGUACCUGUUGGUAUGCCGAGAUGCCAUGAAGCAGAAGUUUUUAUUACUACUCCAAGAGCGUCAACACUUUGUGGAGAACUGGGACACAUAUUCCAUGAAGGAUCUACUUGAAAUUCAGUCUGAUGUUCUUCUGGGAAAGCUGGUUUCUAUACAUGCUGCCUGGGCACAGCACAUCAAAACUGACUGUCAGAAAUGUCAAGCGAAGGGAUUUAUCUGUGAGAUAUGUGACACUAAAGAGAUCCUCUUUCCAUUUGACAACAUUGCUGUAGUGUGUGCCAAGUGUUCCUAUGUUUUACACAGGCACUGUUUUGCCAAGAGAGGUGCUGAAUGUCCCAGAUGUGAAAGAAGAAGCAAACGGAAAGCAAAUUGAUUUUUGAUCCAGUGAUGUAAUGGUGCUAGUGAAUAAUGAGGAUGUCAGUCCAAAACUUGUAGGUCUGAAUAAUAUUGCUUGACUAUAAUUAAUUGAUGCAGUUGGACAAAUGUACAAGAUUAUUAUUUGUUCUUGAUGUUUAAAUGGACUUUUCCAAAUACAUGAGAAUGGAGUAUUUACCGGUAUUGAUUAAUGGUGAAUUUAGUGUGACCAUUAGGAAAUGUCAUUUCAGUAACUUGUCCUCAAUCAUUCAUCAGAGGUUAUUAUAAAAUAUAAACAUAUUUAUGUAAAGUAACUUGUCCUCAAUCAUUCAUCAGAGGUUGUUUAUAAAAAAUAAACAUAUUUAUGUUAAUAUAUUGUUACAAAUGAAUACUGUUAAUUUGAUGUGUUCUUAUGAACCAGUGUGGUUAACGUAUUGAUCAGUUAUGUUAAUAAUUUUAUACAUUCCGAAGACUCAUACAUGAACAAAAACUACUACACUCUCCUGGGUGUUUAGACAUUGUAGAACAACAACAAAGCUUUUUACCUAAACCCUAUUUAUAGACUUUAUUAUGUAUCAUAGCAAAUCUUGCUGUUGACAUGUAAUUUGUUGAACCGUUUUAAAAUUUUAACAAAACAUGGAAAAAUGCAUGUUUCAAGUGGACAUAUUUAGCUCAUUUGUGUCGCAUAUAUUGCACAAAAUAGCCAUGUUGUUUUGCUCACAAGUGUCGAAAGCACAACAUAGAAGCAUUUGUUUGACCAGAUUUGACUUUAUAAUAUGUAUAAACCUUGUUUUUAUUUUGACCUUGAAAUGCAAAUGUCGGUCGUGAAUGAUAUCACACAAAUAUGGCAUAUAAGGAGGUAUUUCAGACAUAAAAAUGCUCUUAUUGGACACUAUAAAGAACUCUAGAAAUUAGAAAAUAACUGUUCAACUGUUGAGUUUGGGGUAACAUAUGCUUAUUUCUGAAAGAGGCUACAAACCAGUUUGACAAUUUGUCUUUAAAAGGUUCUUUUUACUAUGAUCAAAUGCCUUAAAAGGGUGAUAUAGGAGCAUUUUUAUUGAUUGAAAUGCCUCCCUUUUUCAUGUUCGCCAUAUUUGUGUAAUGUUAUUCACAGCCGCCAUUUGCAUUUCAAGGUCAAAACAAAAUAAGUGUUAAUACGUACAUAAAGUCAAAUCCUAUCAAACAAAUGUUCCUAUCAUGUGCUAUAGACAUUUGUCAGUAUAACAGCUUGGCUAUUUUUCAGGUUUGGUUAUUUGCGUUGCUUAGAAUUAUUCCAACCACAAAGUUACUCUAUAGAAGAAACAAUUGGUAAUUGUAAGAAACUACAUGUCAAAACAAACAUUUUGGUAUAUUACAUGACUAUUUUUGUGCAAUGUUUUAGCAGAGACAUAUAUAGAUAUAUGUCUCUGGUUUUAGAUAUUUAUUCGUGUUUGAAUUUCAACAUUAUACGUACAAUAUGUACAUAAAGUAAAAUUCGGUCAAAUAAAUGCUCCUUUCCUGUGCUAUAGACACUUGUGAACAUAACAGCGUGGCUAUUUUCAGGUUUGGUCAUUUGUGUGACUUAGAAUUAUUCCAUACUACAUCUUACCACAAAGAAACUCUAUAGAAGAAACUAUUUGUGAUUUAAAGAAACUACAUGUCAAAACAAACAUUUUGGUAUAUUACAUGACUAUUUUUGUGCAAUGUUUUAGCAGAGACAUAUAUAGAUAUAUGUCCCUGGUUUUAGAUAUUUAUUCGUGUUUGAAAUUCAACAUUAUUUUGCUAUAUAGAUGACCCAUCCCUGUAGACAUUUAACUAGAAUGCCUUGGAAUGGGAACAUUACUUUCCCCAAAGUUGCUACCUUUACAUCUUUGUCGCUGAUCCUGUGAACUACAUGAAUGUAUUUUAUAAAACUGUUUUCCUUGAAGUAAUACACAUCCCUAAAUAAAAGCUGUGAUAAUAUUCA